UGGAUUUGUUCACUUAUCCACAGCACUACUAUGGAGAUCUGGAAUAUGUGCUUAUUCCUCAUGGCAUUAUUGUUGACAGAACGACUGGCUAAGGAUAUUAUGCAAGACAUUGGAGACAAUGAUAUUGUGGUUCUCUGUGUACUCAAAGGUGGCUACAAGUUCUGUGCUGACCUUGUGGAGCACAUCAAAAACCUCAGCAGAAAUUCAGAAAGAUUCAUCUCCAUGAAAGUCGAUUUUGUUAGACUGAAAAGUUACCACGGAAUCCUGCUGCUCUCAAUGCACUUCUUUCAGAUAUGUAUCCUUUCCCUCCCCUCCAGCUGUUUAAAACCAACAACUAACUUCAGCUCAAAUUCGUGGGAUUUUUGAAUUGUCUCAUUCCAGCUUCAGUACUGAAAGGUUAGUCAACUUUUAGAGGUCAUACUUUAAACUGGGGAGUUCCUGAUUUAACUGUGUAGAAAAAGGGGCUGCAAUUGUGACCUAAAAUCAGAUGUUGGCAUCAGUGACAAUAUCAUUAAACUUCUUCGUGCAAAUGAAUUAAUUUUUUAAAAAGCAUAUUACAUUUAAGUUCUCUGGGUAUUGGCAAUAUGAGUGGCUGCUUGUACUUCUAGAAUCAGAAUGGUUUUAUUUUAUUUGGGAGGUAUUGAAAUAUGUGCCUAAGACUGAUUAUUUUUAUGAGAAAAAUUCCCAUGUUUUGCAAGUAUUGCCUUGUUUCAGGAUCUCAUUGGCAUGACAGUUUACUGGAUUUUGUUUAUAUAAAAGUAAUAUGGGAAAACACUGUUAGUUCAUUAUUUUCAGAAGUCCAACAUAAGAAACUGUAGUUUAAAAAUAUUGUUUAUGUUCUUAAGAUCUAAGGUAGAACGAUGUAAUUAUUUCUUUGUAAGUGGUAUAUUUCUGCACCUACAGAUACAAGAUUUGCUUACAAAUUAAGUACACCUAUUUUUUUCUUUAUUGAUCUACAUCUGAGCUUUUAAGUUUCUGUGCACAUAUAUAAACUUCCUAGCUAUCCAUACUGCAUCAUUUUAGCGUUCUAGUGAGCUAAAGAAAUGGAAAAAUAUAGUUCAGUUUCUAUAGGAAGUAAAAAUAUGCUUUCAAACAAGGCUGCAACCUGUGCAUUCAGUUAUAGGAAUUGAAGGUUUAAGAACCAAUGUGUCCAGUGGGUAGACAAAGAAAUACUAAAGUAGUCCUCUCCUGAAAUAUGAUGCAGGUAUGGAUAAGCUGCAUGCAAAGUUUUUAGGGUAAAACAAUGGAAAUACUGAGUAGCCUUGUGGAGAAGGACCUGGGGGUCCUGGUGGAUGAAAAACUUAACAUGAGCCAGUAGUGUGCUCUUGCAGCUCAGAAGGUCAAUGGGUUCUGGGCUCCAUGAGAAGAGGGGUGGCCAGCAGGGG